AUGGCUCCCAAACCCACCAUCACGGCCGAGGCCCUCGAGGCCCUCCUCGAGCACGACACCAAAGUCAAGCUUGCCGGCCUCGACGUCGACGGCAUCCUCCGCGGCAAGCUCGUCUCCAAGAAGAAGUUCCUGUCCAUCGCCACCGCCGGCUUCGGCUUCUGCUCCGUCAUCUUCGGCUGGGACAUGCACGACAUGACCUACAUGCGCGAGCUCAAAAUCUCAAACGCAGAGAACGGCUACCGCGACCUGCUGGCCAUCCCGGACCUCAGCAGCUACCGCAGGAUACCGUGGGAGGGCAACGUGCCCUUCUUCCUGAUUACCUUCCACGACCCGGACACGAAGCUGCCGAUUUGCGCAUGCCCGCGCGGUCUGCUGCAGACGCAGCUGGAUCGGUUGCGCACCAAGGGCUACGGCGCCAUGGCUGGUGCUGAAUACGAAUUCUACACGUUCCAGACCCCAGACUCGUCUUCGUCCCCCGCCGCUUUCCUCCAGAACAACCCGACGCAACAGCUCCCUUCGCUUACAGAGGGCAUGUUUGGAUACUCCCUCACGCGGCCCGUCCACAACAAGGAGUGGUACUACGAGGUCUUUGACUCCUGCGAGAACUUCUCCUGCGACAUUGAGGGCUGGCACACCGAGUCCGGCCCGGGCGUCUUCGAGGCUGCCCUGGAGUUUGGUGAGGCCGCCGAGAUGGCAGAUCGUGCCAGCUUGUUCAAGUACGUUGUCAAGAGCGUCGGCGCCCAGCAUCGAAUCACGCCAUGCUUCAUGGCCAAGCCGAAACAGGGCCUUCCCGGAAACAGCGGCCACAUGCACGUGUCCAUUGUUGACGAGAGCGGCAAGAACCUGCUGGCGAGAGAGACAGUCGACGAGAAUGCGCCGUGGAAGGACAUUGCAGGACUGUCGGAUCUAGGACGCCAUUUCUUGGCCGGUGUCUUGGAAGGCCUGCCCGGCAUCAUGCCUGUGCUGGCACCCACCAUCAACUCAUACAAGCGUCUGGUCGAGAACUUCUGGGCCCCCGUAACUGUCUCGUGGGGUCUUGAGCAUCGCGCUGCUUCGAUCCGCCUCAUCGCACCGCCCACGUCCAAGGCCUCGGCUACACGAUUCGAGAUUCGUGUUCCCGGCGCUGAUUCGAACCCUCACUACGUGCUUGCUGCCGUGUUGGCCUGCGGUUGGCGUGGUGUUGAGAAGAAGCUCGAGAUUCCGUGUCCACCGCUGGCUAUGGGCGAGAAUGUUGGUGGCUCCUCAGACAAGGGAGCGCGUCUGGCGAAGAGCCUGAGAGAGGCAACAGCCAAAUUCAUGGCCAAGGACAGCAUCGCACGAGAAGUGCUCGGAGAUGAUUUCGUAGAUCAUUUCGGCGGCACCAGGGAGCAUGAGAUUCGACUGUUUGACGAAGCCGUAACGGAUUGGGAAAUGAAGCGGUAUAUCGAGUCCGUGUAA